AUGCUGUGCGAGGCGCCCGUGAGGGUCACCUUCGGGGUGAACCGGUGGCUCCACGGGCUUGUUCUAGAUCUCAUGCCGGGGCAGACGAUCAAGGUGUACAACCACGAGUUCCUGAUCAUCGACAUGGACGAGUACACCAAGAAGCGCGUCGCCGAGCCCGACAUGCCCAACUUUGCGUUCGACCUCGAGGCGGUGCUGCACAAGCUGCGCUCCUCGCUGCUGCAGUCCCACCCGCAGGUGCGCGACAUCUUCAGGCGCCUCGACACGGACCACGACGGCGUCCUGACUUUCAGCGAGUUCAAGAAGGCGCUCCAGAAGUUCAACAUGAUGCUCACCGACCCGGAGAUCGAGCAGGUGAUGCGGCACUUCGACCACGACAAGAACGGGCAG